AGGGCGGAGGAACAGGGCUGGCUGCUUCCCGAGUCCCCAGGUCCCGUGAGCGGCGGGCGUGUUGCGGGUAUGGGGUGCGGCGCCAGCAGGAAGGUGGUCCCGGGGCCGUCAGCGCUGGCCUGGGCCAAGCACGAAGGUCAAAGUCAAGCCGGCGUCGGAGGCGCGGGGCCCGGGCCCGAGGCGGCGGCCCAGGCGGCGCAGAGGAUACAGGUGGCUCGCUUCCGAGCCAAGUUCGACCCCCGUGUCCUUGCCAGAUAUGACAUCAAAGCUCUUAUUGGGAUGGGCAGUUUCAGCAGGGUUGUCAGGGUGGAGCAGAAGACCACCAAGAAACCUUUUGCAAUAAAAGUGAUGGAAACCAGAGAGAGAGAAGGUAGAGAAGCGUGCGUGUCUGAGCUGAGCGUCCUGCGGCGGGUUAGCCAUCGUUACAUUGUCCAGCUCAUGGAGAUCUUUGAGGCUGAGGAUCGAGUUUACAUGGUAAUGGAGCUGGCUACGGGAGGGGAGCUCUUUGAUCGACUCAUUGCUCAGGGAUCCUUUACAGAGCGGGAUGCCGUCAGGAUCCUCCGGAUGGUUGCUGAUGGGAUUAGGUAUUUACACGCGCUGCGAAUAACUCACAGGAACCUAAAGCCUGAAAACCUCUUAUACUAUCAUCCAGGUGCAGAGUCGAAAAUUUUAAUUACAGAUUUUGGUUUGGCACACUCCGGGAACAAAAGUGGUGACUGGACAAUGAAGACCCUCUGUGGGACCCCAGAGUACAUAGCUCCUGAGGUUUUGCUAAGGAAGCCUUAUACCAGUGCAGUGGACAUGUGGGCUCUUGGUGUGAUCACAUAUGCUUUACUUAGUGGAUUCCUGCCUUUUGAUGAUGAAAGCCAGACAAGGCUUUACAGGAAGAUUCUGAAAGGCAAAUAUAAUUACACAGGAGAGCCUUGGCCAAGCAUUUCCCACUUGGCAAAGGACUUCAUAGACAAAUUACUGAUUUUGGAGGCUGGUCAUCGCAUGUCAGCUGGCCAGGCCCUGGACCAUCCCUGGGUGAUCACCAUGGCUGCAGGGUCUUCCAUGAAGAAUCUCCAGAGGGCCAUUUCCCGAAACCUCAUGCGGAGGGCCUCUCCCCACUCCCAGAGUCCUGGAUCUGCACAGUCUUCUAAGUCACAUUAUUCUCACAAAUCCAGGCAUAUGUGGAGCAAGAGAAACUUAAGGAUAGCAGAAUCGCCACUGUCUGCACUUUUGUAAGCAGAUGACCUCUAAAACCAUUUUUGCCUAUUUUAGGACCAUUUCAUCAUGAUUAGGGCACCCUCAAGCUCCAAGGACAUGGGACUCCAUGGUAUUGUUGGAUACUAUUGAUAUUGACUUUUAACAUUUUCUUGUUCUAUAUAUUUUUCGUAUACCUGUAUUCAUUUUCCCAAAAUAUACUGCUGCAAAUGAUUAAUAGUUUAGUAAAUACUAGCUAUGUUUAGAUAAUUGGAAACAAUAAAUAAAUAAGAAAAUCUUUAAAGUAUGUAAUGGAUUAAAUAAAAUACAAUACUAUAGAAAUAAGGGAUGUAUAUGUGAAGGCAUGGUGAACGAGAGACAUAGCAGGAAUAGUUAGAUAUGGGGAAUAUAUGUAUUUAUCCCGAAAUUACUGAUUUUUAUUUAAGCCCCAGUAUACAGUGUUAACUAGGUAACACUCAAAGUAGUUAUAAGUGUCUGUUAAUUUCAUAUUUAGUCUGCAAAUAUUUAUGAAAAAUUAUUAAUUAUGGGGCCUAUAAAGAACUAUAAGAUAUAAUUUCAAUCUAUCAGAAACUUUUAGUCUAAUUGGGGCAUUAUUCAAGGGAAAAAUGGAGAUUUUUAAGAAUCAUAAAAUAGUGAUUUUUUUUCUAGUGUUAGCAUUCAUCAACCACCAGUGUUUAGAAAAAAAUAUAUGAUCAUCUUGCUUCUUAUCACUACUGUCAACUCUUUUUAGUAUGUACUGGUUUCUUCUAGAAUUAUUUAAUCAAAUACCUUGAUGACUUUAAACAUUCACCAUGAAAUAAUUAUAGGUAAUGCAAUAAAGAGGUAAGUUUCAAAACUUAGUUCUCUAGGCAAGUCGCAUAUGGCCUGAUCUCUUCUACAGUAAAUUUUUAUAAAAUGAUAUAAAGAUUGAAAUAUUCUUAAUCAUAUCUGUGAGUCACUCAUAUGUGUGGGUAAACAUAGUAAAUAAAUGAUUAACUAGUUGAUAUUGCUUAUUUUAUUCAGUAAAAUAAUAAAAUGUUAGAAUGACAUUUACUGUAAGUUUAAAAUCAGUCUCAAUUUUUUCAUUUUAUUUUUCUCUUUUAGGCUAUAUAGAUGGAACAGCUAUAUAUCUGAUAUAUAGAUAUGAAUAUGUAAUUAGUGACACAACUAUUUUCUUUUUAAGUUGUAAUGCUGUAUCACACGAUAUAUGACAGUCCUGGAUUAAUUCCUUUAAUAUAGAAAGACACUUACAAAUUCAUUAGAUAAAUCAUAGAAAAAUGGGCAAAUAUUUUACCAGGUGGUUUAUAAACAUAUAGAUGGCUAAUGAGUACAUGAAAAAAAUGCUUAGUUUCAUUUGUAAUUUACAAAAUGAAAACUAAAAUGACAAAGAAAAUGAAAA